AGCUAUACUGUCGAGCGUUCUUCCCCUCACGCCACUCGUCUUCUUACUCCCGCUUUGAUAUCUUUUACUGCCAUGGUCUCGCAAAAUCCUGCUCUUUGGGAGAACGGCCAGUAUCUCAACGAAUGGGACCGUGAACACAACGAUAGGUACUCGGAAGCUGCGAAGAAGGCUCAAGAAGCUAAGUGGAAACGGCUCAUGGCAAACCGACCUCCUCGAGAUGCACUCCCGAACAAGCUUCUCCCGCGUCCUGGCCAGAAGCUGCCACUCUACCACUACGGCUUCCCGUUUACCUACAAAUACGCUAUAGAAUACGCCCGUCGUCACCACCUGACCAUUCCUCUCGCAGAAGAAGACAGGGAGACUUUUGGCGGUCAAGCGGUGCUUGAUAUGGCGGAGCUCGACGAUGCGCGGUUAGCAGCCGAUGAGGAUAUCCGGGUCUUCGCAAAGUCCGUCUCCCGCAAUUUGAUGGUGAGGGACCUCAGUCGAAGGUGUGGGUACACACUCGAUACCGGUCGUCCUUUCAGUAUGGAUUGGGAUGGUAUUGUCUCUCUGUGGACGAACUACGACGUCGAAGAACGGUUCGUGUGGUGCUAUGAUCACAAGAAAGUCGUCGACAUUCUGAAGGGUGCGAUGAACGAGACUGAAUGGCACAACUCACUCAAGGCACAAUGGUGGUUCGACUGGGACAAUGAUGUUGGCCUCUUCACCUCCGUCAACUGACAUCGCCAUCGAUGUCAUCUGUUAGUGCCCCUCAUGAACCACACACUAUCGUCUCUUUGAAUAGCUCCCCAGUGUACACAAUAGCUCGGCCUGCUUUGUAUGUACAGUGAUUAGUAUUCGCGUCUUAUUCUUUGUGCCAUGCCAAUUGUGCGCAGAUUAUACGACAGUCCUAUUCACAAAUGCCUCCAAUCGUCUAUGAAGAUCCGACCAGG